AAUGGCAGAGAAUAAGGAAGAACUCGUUCAACGCGCCAAAUUGGCUGAACAAGCCGAACGUUAUGAUGACAUGGCUCAAUCCAUGAAAAAGGUUACCGAACUUGGUGCCGAGUUGUCCAAUGAAGAACGCAAUUUGUUAUCUGUUGCUUACAAAAACGUUGUUGGGGCUCGCCGCUCUUCGUGGCGUGUUAUUUCAUCGAUUGAGCAAAAGACUGAAGGUUCUGAAAAGAAGCAACAAAUGGCUAAGGAAUACCGCGAGAAAGUUGAGCGCGAAUUGCGCGAUAUUUGCCACGAUGUUUUGGAUCUCUUAGACAAAUAUCUUAUCCCAAAGGCUGGAAAUCCCGAAUCCAAGGUGUUCUAUCUUAAGAUGAAGGGUGACUAUUAUCGUUAUCUUGCUGAGGUUGUCGCUACUGGUGAUGACCGGAACAGUGUUGUCGAGAAAUCGCAACAAAGUUAUCAGGAAGCUUUUGAUAUUGCCAAGGAUAAGAUGCAACCAACUCAUCCAAUUCGUCUCGGUUUGGCACUCAACUUUUCUGUUUUCUACUAUGAGAUCUUGAACUCGCCUGAUAAGGCUUGCCAGCUUGCCAAACAGGCUUUUGACGAUGCAAUUGCUGAGUUGGAUACCUUAAACGAAGACUCGUAUAAAGAUUCGACUCUUAUUAUGCAACUUUUACGCGACAACCUCACAUUAUGGACUAGCGACACUGCUGCCGACGAGCAAGAGGGUGCUGGUGAGACCGGCGAGACUGGAGGCAAUUAA